GACGCAUGCAUUUAGAGCAGGCAUUCUCAAAGAUUCUUGAAAACCAGUUGAUUGUCAACUUGGAAUAAUUUGUAAACAUUCAGUUCUACGAGCUGUGUAUUGAUAGGAAAGUUGGUUUUUGUUGUUACAAAAGAAAAGAUUAUUGUGAUAAGUGGCAUUGUUGAUGGUUGCUCAAUGAAUCGAUAAACAUCUUGCCUAUAGAAAACGAUCUUUGGAAUUUUUAGAACAGCUUUUUGUAUGUUUGCAACAUGAUUAGUUAGAUAAAGUUUACAUUUUGAAACAGUUUAAGUUCUUAAACUCUGUUCUUAAAAUAUAAUUUUAUAAUUGAUACCGGUUAAUUCAGAGUACGAACUGUUAAAUUCGAACAAGUGUGAAAACGAUAUCUUGAUCAGAAAUUUUGAUUAACUACAACUUCGACGAUUUAUUUCUUUGAACUGAUGUCACGAACUUUCAUAAUAUUUACGAUUGAUAAUAUUACUGUCGAUAUUUAUACUUAACGUAAUUAUUCUUUUUUUUUCUUCUUUCUUCUUCCUGCUUCUUGUCUGCCUGUUAAAAAAAAUUGCCGAUUGGAUUUGAAAGGAGUAGAAUCUAUCGUUGAAGUAAAUAAUACAUUUUCUACGUUUUCACUGAAGUCUUGGUAGAACCUGAAGACGAAUCAUGGGCUGUAAGAGGUUGAUUCUUUUUGGCUUUCUUCUUUCUUUUCAUGAAGUAUCUGGUCACUUAUCUGCAGCUGACCACAAUAAAGAGGAAUCACAUGUCACUCCUUCUGCAGCACCACCAGUGUCAGACCAUCGAUUUUUUUUACAUGAGAUAUUUACAAAAUACGGCCACGAAGGUCAAAUGACCUUUGAAGGGUUUGAACAUUUAUUAGAAAGUCUGGGACUAGGAAAUAUCAUUAUAAGUGAUCAUGAUGUCGCAGCUCACAAAGAUAACCCAAAUAGGAAUAUUCAUGACACCCACGAACAUGCGAAGAAGAUAGAUCAUAUUGAUCUCCCGACUUUAAAAGGGCAUGACUCUAAUCUCACAACUCCAUCAGUUGUAGCAACGCCACCUGCUAUUUUGCAAAAAGCUUCAAAUCGUCACCGACAUAACCACAUUUUAUUUCCCGCCCCAACCAAAUCACCCGAAACCACAGUAGAACCACGGAACCAAGACUCUGCUUCGACAAGUGAAAUCAGUCCAAGUCAAAGUGGCCCCAGCAAAGUUCAGCUGAAUGACCAUCUUUACCGCUACCAACUGAAAGAAAGUGAAAUUCCAGAACUUCUUGUGAAUAUAUCAACUUUGGUGGACCAACAUCAGGAAAUGGACGAUCAUACCCCAGAAAUAAUAAUAGAGCAAUGUCUCAGUCCUCGUGAGAUAUUGGAGGCUUUCGGAAUUGAUGAGACCAGUAGUUUGAAUCCUGUCAGCUUCUUGCAUUUGUGUCCAGCAAUUAUAUACGAGCUUGAUCAAGGUCACUGCCUUUUUAAAGAACACUCCCAUACUACGUCCAAGCCUGUAUCUACGUCUGAUCAAUGGCUGUUUUCAAGCUUUGCUGUAUUGAUCAUAAGUCUUUGCGGCUUGUUGAGUGUUGCUGUUAUUCCCAUUAUGCAGAAGUGGUUUUAUCAUACGUUAUUGCAGUUCUUGGUUGGCCUGGCUGUUGGAAGUUUAUCUGGAGAUGCCUUGCUUCAUCUUAUGCCUCACGCUAUGCUUGGUGGAGAAGGUUCACACAGUCACGGCGAUCCUUUGUCAUUGGUUGAAACUGAAAGAGCAGCCAUUUGGCGUGGUUUUGCAGCUCUUUUUGGAAUAUUCUUCUUCUUUGUGGCCGAACGCUUACUAGCCACUUAUGCCUCGUACAGAAAAGAAAAGAAAGAAAAUAUAGGAAUGAAAGUUGUUGAUUUGAACCUCGAUUCUCCAGCUACUUACAAUGGAAAUGUUGGCGAGAAGUUGUCUCAGUAUAGGAAUAGCUCAUUCAACAUAAAUCCUAAUGAAAAAGAAAUGGUUAGAAUGUUUCAGGUAGGAGGCACCAGAAAACUAUCUUGCGAUAGUCUUCACAGUUUGGAAAUGAAUUGCGAUGGUGCCAAAACUUUCAGCUCCGAAUCUUGUGGCAGCGUUACCUAUAAACCAGAACCAAGUCAAGCACCUGUAGUCAAUAACGGUCAUGGUCAUAGUCAUCACCACAGUCAUGAAGUUCCAGAUUCUAUUUCUGCAGUCGCUUUAAUGGUCAUUAUGGGAGAUGGCCUUCAUAAUUUUUGUGAUGGAUUAGCAAUUGGUGCAGCGUUUGCUUCUGGUAUUGAAGGAGGCAUCAGUACUGCUGUGGCUGUGUUUUGUCAUGAAUUACCUCAUGAAUUGGGAGAUUUUGCCAUGCUUCUCAAAACAGGUAUGAAAGUGAAAGAAGCCCUAUUUUAUAAUGGAUUGUCAUCAGUGCUCUGUUUUAUUGGAAUGGGAAUCGGUAUUUCGUUGGGUAAUGUUCACUCUGCAACUAGUUGGGUAUUUGCUGCCACGGCGGGCAUGUUCCUUUAUAUAGCUUUGGUAGACAUGCUUCCCGAACUAAACGCUUCUGGGGAUUCUAACACACAACCUUCUCAACUUCUAGCGAUUCAACUACUUGGUAUUUGUUCUGGAGUAAGCAUAAUGUUAUUGAUUGCUAACUACGAACAAGACUUGAAGAAUAUCAUCAGUUGAUGGCAGUAUUUUCAUACUUUUCCAGCACUUUUUUGUUGAAUAGUUGGAAGUUCUAUGAAGUCUGACUGAAGUUCUAAGUUGUAUCAACUAGCUAUGUAUAAGCAGGUUGCGUUUUUUUAUUGUCGAACAUAUGAUAAGUUCUGUGAUUUAUUGUGAGGUGGAAAGUUAGUGGUUUUUUGUGAUGUUUCAGUUUGAACAAAAAUGUAUUUUAUACUUCAGCGUUUUUAAUAUGUCAUUGUAUAUAUAAAUGUCGAAAAGGAAACGUAAUAUGCUGUUGUGGAUGAAAUCAUAAAAAGCGUAUUCCAACUAUAUCCAAUUAACUGUUAUUAUCACACGCGUUUUUUUUUUCUUCAUGGUAUCGAUUUAUCUUUUGAGAAUAAUUUAGGAAAUAAAUGUAGGGUUUUGUACGAAAGUUCAUACGCAAUUUACUUAUUAAGUAUGUCAUUUUUGUGAAUUUUUAUUUUUUCACACAUCACCACCUUGUUCUUGCAAUUAGGAUUAAUGAAGAAAAAGUGUCUGAAGCUCCAGAUUAGCAAUCGCUAAAAGUAAUCACUGGUUAUAGUUCGUUCACCAGGAGUUGGGACUUGGCUCCACCUCCUCAGACGAAGAGUUCAUUUCAGCGUGGGAGGAGAAACGUCUCCAUGCUUGAAAUUGAGACAACCAUUAAUGAGCGCCAAAAGCAAACAGCGAAUUCUUGUUGAGUCACUUUGCUUUAUCAUCUGCUAUUAUACCUUUCGUUACUCUAGUUAAUGAAAUAUUUUGCCGCAAAAUGUCUCAAAAAGGACAAGCUAUUCACUUACAGCAGAUAAAUUUUAAAUUUAGGAAAUAUUUAAUGUUAAAAAAAUGCGCAUAAAUAUUGCGAAAUAAAUAUUUGGGUCAUACAAUCGCCAAAUGGCAGCCUUGUUCAGGAUUGCUCACA